AUGAGUUCAGUUGUAAAUUGGGAAUUAUUUCCAAUAAAAUCAACAUUAUUAGAUGCUUUAAAAUGUUUAACAUCAGAACAAAUUCAAUCUAUAUCAACUUAUACAUUUGUACAUAAUCAAGCUGUAUGGAAAGGUUUUCCAGAUUUAUUUGUAUGGAAUCCAAUAUUAAAAAAAUGCAAAUUUGUUGAAGUUAAAAGUCAUAAUGAUCGACUUUCAUAUCAUCAAAUAGUUUGGCUUGAUAAAUUAGUUGAAUUUAAAAUUGAUUGUGAAGUAUGUAAAGUUAGUGCAAUAGGUUCAAAAAAAUCAUUACAACGAACAUCAUCGACUAUUGAAUUAGAUUAA